AUGAUUGAUAAUCCCGAAGAACAACUUCAACGUGUUAUUAAUCGUCUACGCAAAGUUGUAGAAGAUUAUUCUGCACAGCGUCAAUUCGAAUCGGCUGCCUUUUGGGGCGAUAAAUUACUUUCAUUGAACCGAAGUUCGCCGGAUGAUCUUCUUUUCGUUGCCAAAUGUUUUAUGUCCAAUGGUGAUUACAAUCGGACACGAAUUCUUCUGGAAAAUUCUCCAAUGUAUCAUACCGAUCCUCAAUUCAAAUAUCUUGUCGCACUUUGUCAUUUUCAUUUGAAAGAUUAUCAAACAGCUGCAAAUGUUCUCGAAAUCUUAGAAGAAUUACUUGAAGUCGACCAACAACAACAACCAGGAACAUCGUUUAAAACGCCGUUCACACCUAAAACAACGAAUAUGGAAUAUUCGAAUCCUCUGCGCGCGUCCAUAUGUUUGUUGCGCGGUAAAGUUGCUGAAGUUCUUGGUUCGUUACAGCAAGCAAUGAAAUUUUAUGAAGAAGCAUUGCGUUUCGAUGUCUUCUGUGCGGAAGCAUAUGAAAAACUAAUAAAAAAACAUAUGUUUACACCUGAAGAAGAACAACGAUUAGUAGAACGCAUGAUUAUUGAGAAACAAUGUGAUACGGAUACAGCAGCUGUCGUCAGAUGUUUAUAUGAACAGGAAGUGCAUCAAUAUAUGAAACCGAUCAUUGUUAAUCUUCUACCAUUUACCAUUGGUUUGUUAAAUGAUAAUGCUGAUUAUUGUAUAAAUAUUGCAGAAAAGUUUUAUUACAACUAUAAAUUUCGUGAAUCAUUCGAUUUAUGUAAAAAAGUUCUUACCCACAAUCCAUUUCAUCAACAUGGCCUAUUCAUAUAUAUAGCUCUACUCUAUGAAAUGAAGGACAAGACAGAAUUAUUCAGUUUGGGACAUCGAUUAGCUCGACAAUGCCCAAACAAUCCUAUUAGUUGGUUGGCUGUUGGUUGUUAUUAUCUAGUGACGAAAAAGCCUGAACCAACACGUCGUUACUUAGCAAAAGCUACGUCAAUAUGUCGAAGUUUUGGUCCUGCAUGGUUAGCAUUGGGCCAUUCCUAUGGUCUGGAAUCUGAGCAUGAUCAUGCUAUUUCCGCAUACUUCACCGCUGCAGAUGUUAUGCGUGGUUGUCAUCUACCUAUCCUAUACGUUGGUUUGGAAUAUAGUUUAACAAACAAUCUUCGCUUAGCGGAACGUUUAUAUUCGGAAUCCUUAAAGUUUUAUCCUGACGAUCCAGCUGUACUACAUGAAUUGGGUGUGAUCAACUAUCUAAAUCGAGAAUAUCAUCAUGCCUUACUAUUCUUUCAACGAGCUUUGAUUAAAGUCGAAGCCAUCGAUCAAGUUGAUCUCUUGCCCUAUUGGGAACCAUUGUUUAAUAACAUGGGACAUGCAUGUCGAAAAUUGAAGAAAUAUGAUGAAGCAAUCAUUCAUUUCAAGAAAUGCUUAGGAUUAACACCACGAAAUCCGCAAACAUUGAUUGCGAUCGGAUUUGUGCAUGCUUUACAAGGAAAUUAUGGUCAAGCGAUUGAAUAUCUUCAUCAAGGCCUUUGGUUAAGUCCCGCCAGUUCGUUUGCUCAAACUCUGUUAAAUAAAUGUUUUAAUAUGACACAAACGAAAACUUAUGUCGAACAAUUCCCAGAACCACCGAGUGAUCUAAAUGAAUAUCUGUCAACUCGGCAGAAUAGUACUAUUACUGAAACAGAUAUUAACGCGGCUGCAAUGCCUACCUCUGCUUUAGAAGAAUCUGAUCAAGGCGGUUCAUCGAUGAUUACAACAUAG